GUUGUUUUUUUUGGGGGGGGGGUUGGGGUUUUUUGGUUGAUUUUUUUGUUGUUGUUGUUGUUUUAAUUUCUUUCCGGCUACUGGCCCUUCUAACUCGUCCCUUAUUCCCAGCUCGCUUCAGUACCCGCACGCGUUCCUGCCCCGGGCACACAGGUGGGAUCCGGGGCCCGCGGUGCCGGCGUGUCCCGUCCCCGUCCCGCCCCGGCGCCGCCUCCCGUCCGCGGGCAGGGCCGGAGCGGCGGCGGCGAGAGGAGCGGGGCCGGGUUUGCGCUGCGGGUCCGGGGCUGCGCUCCGCUUCCCCCGGCCACACGCAGCCCCGCGGCCUGCGCCGGGCAGCCGUGGGGCGCGGGGCAGCCGUGGGGCGCCGGGCAGCCAUGCGGCACCGGGCACCGAGCCCCGCAGCCCGCGGGCCCGCUUCCCGGCCCCGCCCGCCCCGCCCGGGUGGAGCCGUCCCCCGCCCCGCCGCGGGAGGAGGAUGAGGCGGCGGCGGCCCCGGCGGAGGCGGCUGCCCCAUGGCGGAGGUAAGGGAGGAUGUUGACCUGAAAGCAUGUCGGGGAGCUUUGGAUGACUGCGGCCCACCUCGAGGAGAGGAUCAGCUGGAACUGCAAGAAGAGGAGAAAGACACAAAUCAAAGCAACAGCAAUCAUGUAGAUUCCCUUCUCUCCUUAGAGGGCUAUUUACAGCUUCUGUCAUCGCAGUUGGAAAACAUGCUGGAGGAGAACUUCCUGGAAGAUACACAAGUUGCUACUUCUAGUAGAGGCCAAGACCCAUCAUCGUCGCAUCACAAUAUAAAUUUGACCCAGACACUUCAGAACAGUUUCAGUCCUCCUGAUGCCAUACUACUAAGAACAGAUUACCCCACUCAAUUCAAUUCAAAACCAAGACACUUACAAAGGCAAGAGUUUUUCCCUCAAUCAAGCUCUGAUACUACAAAUCCAGAAUCACUAUUUCAUGCGUCAAAUUUGACAGGGCUGUUUUCAGCUGCUGACCUGAGAAAUCUAACAGCCCAGGAUGGUAAUUUUGAUGAAAUUAAGCUCAUGUCUUUGGCUUUGGAGGAUGGCUUUGGUCCUAUAGAAGUUUCUCAGCUCUUUGAAGAGCCUUGCUCAGAUUCGGGACUAUCUUUGAAUUCAAAUCACAGCACCAGCUCUUACUCAGUCAGCUGUGAAGAUUCUGUUGGGUACAGCAAUGGUGUUAAAUCUGCUCCUUCACAUGGCUUAGGAGCUGUUGGUGGCCACUGCCAUGAAAACAUUAGGCACAGCCAUGUGGAAUAUCCAGGUGAUGCAGAGUGUUCUACAUCAGCAGUUCUACUUCAGCAGUUUCUUCAUAAUCACACUUACAAUCAGCUGCCAAGUCAAGCAGCAUUCACUCCAGAGCAUUAUCAACAGAUGUGGAUGAAGAAAUCAAACGAAGUAAAGGAUAGGUGCCAUAAUUCCACGGCUACUAACCAGAGCAGAGAUGAAUGUCGUGCAAAAGCUCUGAGAAUCCCAUUUUCAGUUGAUGAAAUUGUGAGCAUGUCCGUCGACUCUUUCAACACCAUGCUAGCAAAGAACCAGCUGACAGAAACUCAGGUAUCACUUCUACGUGACAUCAGACGAAGAGGAAAAAACAAGGUAGCUGCUCAAAAAUGUCGAAAACGCAAACUGAAUGCAAUUCUUAAUUUGGAAGAAGAUGUGUGUAAUCUCCAAACACAAAAGGAGAGCCUUAAAAAAGAGCACUCCCAGUGUAGCAAAUCAAUCAACCAGAUAAAGCAAAAGUUAAACAACUUGUACCAUGACAUUUUCAGUAGACUGAGGGAUGACCAGGGGAGACCUGUUAACCCACACCAAUAUGUCAUUCAUUGCAGUAGCAAUGGUAGUGUUUUCAUAGUACCCAAGCACUUGGCCAAAUCUGAACAGAAACAAGAUAACAGAAAAGAGCAGAAACAAAAGUAAGAUAACUGGAGAUCACCUAAAUCGCCUUUAUUUACCUAAAAGGGUGAGAAAAAUGCUUAUGUGAAGACUAAAUGUCAGUGAUUACCACAGUUCAAACAGAAACAACUACACUUGACGAGAAACACUCCAUGGUUCAAGGGUCUGGCAAACCCAGCCAACUGUGAUCUGUUAGAGGGUCCAUAAGCUGAGGCUUCUGGAUGAGGAAAUCUGUUUAGUUGUAGUUAGAAUUAAAGGAGCUAGACCAUCAGUGUAGUGUAUUUUAUAGAUCUAUGUUAAAACUAGGAAUCUAGUUACUGGUAAUGGGAGCAGAAGGGAGAACAUCAGUGAGGGAUAAAAGUCAGCUUUAGAGCAACAUUACACAUGCAAGAAAAUGCUUUAAGUCUUGAAUACCCGAUUCUAUACAGAGAAUAACCUUAUUUUAUUCUCUAGCACUGAAAGCAAAAUUAUAGUUCAACCUGAAUUCACUUGGGAUUUACAUAGGCUCACGAGAUAACUCCAUGCUUUGCAUUUAUUCAGAACGGCUCUACUUUUCCUAGUUUUCCUUUGAAGAGAGCAGCCCGGGAGGCUACUGCAUUUUUCCUCACUACUUUAACCAUCAUAACUCCAAGAAAGACAAUCUGCCACUUAAUUUUACAACUCAUACACUCAGUCUGCAAAGAGAUGCUGAAAGUAAGUGUCUGAUUCAAUAUUGUCUUACCUUCAUCCUGUGCAACUGAAUAAUUCUCAACUUUCUUCCACAAAAAUGACCAAUGAUAAAGGAGUUCCUGUUGUUUGCUAGUGACUGUGAUAAUUACUUGUGUACCUUCUGUUUUCCUCCCAUUUUGACACCUUCCUCAUGAAGUACUUUAGUUUUUCUCUGUGGCUUUUUAACUGGUAUUUUUAAGCUUCUUCAAUGUUCCAGAUUUAAUUUUUAAAAACAUUUUACCUAGUCUUUAAAUUAAAUUGAACCAAAUUACUAUUUAUCUAUACUUGUAAUUAUAGGUUACAUUCUGAUAGUGCCCCAAGUGAAGUUUUUUGGUUUCACAUUUAUUUGUGCUAUUAAAAAGAAGUAGUUUUAUUUACUCACAUAUCUAAAACAUCCUAUCCUUUACUGUUUUACAGCCUGAAAAAGUUCUGCAAGGGAUGGCCUAAAAGGCCUGUAAUGAAUGAUAAGGAAGGAAUGUUGAGGUACAUUAUUAUGAAAAUAACUACUAGUAUUAAUGUCUAGAUAACAACAAAUACUUGUUAAUUUUGUAACUAAAACACAUAAAAUUGGUAUUUAAAGUUCUCAUUGGUUGCAGCAUGAUGACAGUGGAGGAAAUUUACACUCAGGUAUGUUAAAAAAAUCACUGUACCAAACAUUUAAGAGCUACAUAUACAAGCUUAAAUGCCAAGUUACACCUACUGAAGAAACAAACUGCCACUAGCAUGGAAGUCACAUUGGCUGCUUGCACUUAUCUGUAACAAAACUGAUACUGUCAAGUGGCAUUUUCUAAAAAGUGGAGCCCUAAGAUAAUGCUAAGUGCACUGAAUUAUCAACAAUGAAAUCAGUCUGUUUGAACAAUUUUCUCAGCAUUUUCUAUUAAAAUAUUUCUUUAAAUAAA